AUGCCUGGCUCCCAGUCCCUGCCGCCGAAGUCCAGAGGACAGGCUGGAUGCAGUUUCCAGCGGAGCUGCCGCUGUGGUCCCAGCGCCCAGGAAUAUUCAGCACCCUCCCAUGCACUCACACACACUCACCCUCUCUCGCGCUCUCUUCUCCCUCUCUCCCCUCUCUCUCUCACACACGCGCGCGCGCACGCACACACACAUCCACACACACACACAUCCACACACACAUACACACACACGCACACGCAAGUCACCGAGAGGGGCAGGCAGUUCCGGGCGCGCGUGCGCGACUCGCGGCAGGAGCGCGCGGCCACCCCCCCUCCCCCGCUCCGCACCCCGCACCCCGCACAGCCCCGGCGGCGCUGCGAAAGCCGCUUCGGAGCGGGGCUCGAAGCUAACCCUGAGCAAGACCUCGGGUCUGGCGAGCUGCGGCGCCCCCAACCCCUCUGCUUUUCAGCACCGAGGACAGCGCCCAGCUCCCGCUUCCAGCAACAUUUGCAACCGCCGCCGCAGCUGCCGAGAGAUGCUCCAGCCUGUACCAAAUGCAGCAAAGCCGAUUUCCGGCUGCUGUGCAGAAGUCGAAUAGCUAAUUGGAGGUGGUGGCGGGGAAGCGUCCUCUCGCCAGGCCCUGCUAGCUCACGUUCUAGGACACGGACGGAACUUGGCAUAUUUCCAUACUGGGAGCGGCUAAGAAUGAGGAAGGUGUCUUGCACGAUCACAAAGGUUUGAGAGAUAGCCCAGAUCUUAGUCCAGACUAAAGGACAAGAUUUCUUCCCCUAAACAAGAAAAGUCUGUCUAUAUUGGAGAUGAGCUAUUUCAUUUAACAUCCAGAUACCAACACAGAGAGUCAAGAAAAAUGAAGAAAUUCAAUAAUGUAUUUCAAAGAAAAGAAGAGUUCACUAUACACCCUGGGACAGGAUCAAGUUGGGAAGCUGCUUUUGACAUGAAGAAGAGUUGCCAGCAGAGGGGAGCAAGGUCUUACUUUAUAACUCUGCUUUCACUUUCCUGCUGCAGCGGUCCUGUUUCACUUUCCUGCUCAGUCUACCUCUGAGAAUGUUUAUUUUUUCCAUAAAGUACUUCAAAUUCUAUUGUGUCUGAAGGGUCUGGACGAUCGCCUUUCAGUUUAUAUUGAAGCUUGAACUUGAUGGCACAGUUUUUCCUUUGGAAUCCAUGUUUAGAUGUUAAUGACAUUUUUUUUCUUGUUUGCUUCUUUUCGAUGUUGAAAUAUUUCUUCUUCUUGCAUAAGGAAUUCUAGGGUCUUUGAAAUUUCUGCACUCCUAUAUUGUACGAGAGUUUUUAUUCAGAGCAUCAUCAUUGUACUUGCUUUUUGCUGCCAUUAUAUUAGAGACCUAUUACAGAACAUCUAUACAGUGUUCUAACAGGC